CUCGUAUCUUCGCCUGACAUUCAUUGCUUGCCCCGCUGGGACGCGUCUGCGCCUUCGCAAUCGUUGGCGGUAUUGAACGCGAUUGUACUCGAACGAACGAGGAUGCUGUUAAAGUAGGUCGUUUCAGAAGAUCGAGUUUGCUCAGAGCUAUAACGAGAAGCAAGACGCGCGCAACGCCGACCAGCUCGGUUCAUUGCACACACGCAUCACCCAUCAUAGAGUUCGACUAGACUCCCCAAUCAUGGCGAACGUCCCCAACAAGCGGCCUGCUCCUAGCAGCAAGGAAGACAUGCUAGCGGAGGUCAAAAGACGAGCAGAUGAAGCCCGAGCAAGAAUAGAGGCUAUGCGGAAGGGCUUAGCUGCAUCAGCGGCAGCAUCAGCUACUCCUCCGCCUCCUCUUCAGAAUGGCGCGACGACAACGACGCCACCACAAGCACCUCCAGCGUCAGGAGUGAAGCCACUCAGCUUAGCGGAUAUCAAAGCAAGGAUGGCCGCUGCUAUGAAGAAACCUGCUGUUGUAACUUCAGCAACAGGAAACGACAUGCCACCAGAAAGACCACCCGCCAGAGAGAGUCUAGGACCUGCACCCUCUCGCCUCCAACUGCAGGAAGAGCGCGAACGUGACCGAGCAGGAAAGGGUGGCAUGAAUAUCGCUCUGCAUCCCAUGUUGCGAGCCGACGCGCCAGACAAAGCACAAAAGGAUGAUCGGAGAGACAGGUGGCGAAAGGAAGAAGAGAAAGGAGAAACCAACAAUCCUUACCUCAGUGCGGGUGGGCCAUCAGGCCAGACGAGAAAAAGGCGAGAACUCAAGUUUACGCACGAUCUAGACCACCGCCCUGCCAUGGAAGCUGCUGCGGAAAUGCGGAGGAAAGCUGCUCUAGAAGAGAUGAAGGCAAAGAUUCAAGCAUCGGCAGCAAAAGCCGGUCUGGAUGAAGCAAUAGACACGACGUGUUUUCAGGUUCCAGAGCCGCCCGAAGUAGAAUGGUGGGACGAAUCGCUACAAACAGAUUUGGGUUUCAACGAGAACAUCACAAACCUGGUUGUGCAUCCUGUGCUUAUCGACCCUGCGCAGGAGAAAUUCACAACAACGAAAGCGCCAACGAUGUAUCUCACCAAGAAGGAGCAGAAGAAAAUGCGGCGUAUUCGUCGGGCUGAGCAACAUAAGGAGGAGCAGACCAAGAUUAGACUAGGAUUGGUACCUGCGCCUCCGCCGAAGAUCAAUCACAAGAAUGUGAUGCGCGUGUAUGGCGAACUCGCUGUUCAGGGACCUUCGGCCGUUGAGGAGAUGGUUAAUAAGCAGAUGGCGGAGCGAAAGAACAAACAUGAACAAGCCAAUGCUGAGCGGCAACUCACCAAGGAGCAGAAGGCAGAGAAAGCCGCUCAGAACGCUGCUCAGAACGCCAGCAUGGGCUUGUACCUGCAGGUGUACAAGGUCAACCUCAAGCGCGAUGAGCUCCUCAACAAACAUCGGUUCCUCAUCAACAAAAACGCCCAAGAGUGGGCUGACCUUCGCGGCUUCGCACUCGUGACCCCGAACUUCACUCUCGUUCUCGUGGAGGGCGGCGCGAAAGCCACACAAGCGUACAAGAAACUCAUGCUUCGUCGCAUCAAGUGGCGCGCCAUUCUCGAAGGUGGCGGCGAGAUUUUGGACAAGGAACUGUGGGAAGGCGUCGAGGACGACACGUGCGUGCUCGUACACGAGGGCCAAGUUCGGGAGCGAAGGUUCAAGAAGUGGGGGAACAUCCGAGAGGCGGAGACCGAGAUCGCGGCUAAAGACGCGCUCGUCAAAGCGAAGCUGGAAAACUUCUGGGUCAUGGCGAAAAGUUUGGAUAAAGGGAUGGGUUGAGACACGGAUCAACAGUCCACUUGUGAAAGCCGAACGCAUCGCGCCACCUGCGCUGUAGAUAUAUGAAAGCUCAUCGAUAGCGUACUGAACUGUAAUAUCCAUUUGGCC